AUGUUUGCUGCAUCAAGCCUUCUUCGUCGCUUGCCAAAUUCAAAUUCUGGUUUUCGUUCAUCACUUACAUUCCGAACAAAAACGAACACUACUAUUUCUCUAGUGCUGAGUACUUAUUGUUCAUCAAUGAAAAGAAAUGUAAAAACAGAUGUUAACAAAAUUUCCAAAGGAGAUAUUAUCAAAGAUGGAGCCAACAAGUACCUCCAAGUUGAACGCUAUGUCUUUGCAAAACGAGCUCGCUCUAAUGCUAUUGUAACGUUCGAAACUGUAGAGUUGUUAACUGGAAAGAAAAUAAGUAAAAAGUGUAGAGGAGGAGAAAGUUUGGAUUUGUGUGAAUACUCCACAAAGGACGUCACUUAUUCUUCAGAGACAAAUAAGGGAUUUGUUUUUGAGGAUAUGAAAGAUGGAACUGAAUACACUGCUCCAAAAUCUAUUUUCACAAAUGAGAUGAUACAAAUCAUGAAAGGAGGCUCGUUGAAAAAGAUAAUUAUUGGCAUUGAUGAAGAGACAAACACAGCCAUCAAAAUCAUGUUCCCUACCACACUCAUCGCAACAGUUGAAAAGACUGAUGAUGUUGUGAGUGGUAUUCCCAACGAUAGACAUUCUCCUGUCACAAAGAAUGCUGUUCUUGACAUUGGAAUAACAGUAAAAGUGCCUGGAUUCAUUGCCAAUGGAGACCGAAUCAAAGUACUCACUCGUGACUGGAGUUACGCAGCAAGAGCAACAGAAGAUGAAGAGCAGGCUGAAGAUUUCGAAGAUACCACAUUGACGAGUGGUAGUGAAGAAGGAUCCGAACAGAACGAAGAAGAAACCAAGGAAGAUGCAGAUUUGGAAGAGGAUAACAGAAAAUAA